CGAAUUUUCGUAUUUGAUUUUGUACUUGCCCUUAUUUCUAUGUGCUCGUAAAGCGUUUGAUUAAAUGCCUCAAUCAAUGUCGUGUUUUCUGAAGUUUACAAGUGAUAAUAAAUAUUGCUACUUUCACUGGCUCUUCAAUGCGGAUCUUGCAAUUCCGGCAUUUUCAGAAUGCUCAGUUGAUGAACUCGUUCCAUUUUCUUCCAACACUGUAGGGGUCCCUAUCGUAUCACAUUUAGCAGGGUUAACAAAGGAAUCCGCUACAUGCAGAAGCAAGGGAAUGCGGACCUCUAAGCUUUAAUGCUCUGGAAACUUGCCAAUUUGGUGGAUUGAUUCGGCAUUGAACAUGUUGAAGAUAGCAAUUCUUCUGAUAUAGUUGAACUUAGGUUUUCUCGUUAUGAGUAAAUUAGUGGCUUGCUUUCUUGAGUUUUAUGUGCGAAUUUUUCUUGUUCAUGUCAGUUUAUUUAUUUAUUUUUUUAUAUUUGAAACAGUACAAUAUUUUCUGGUAGUUUGCAAUUUUCUAGUGUGUUUCGCUUUCAAUUGCUCUUUUUUUUUAUGUUCUGUGGAAAGCUGAUUGCUGACUGUGGAUUUUUGACAUAGAUGAGCACCAAAACACAUGGGGUCAUCAAAAAGUUUUCUAUGGAACUGCACUAAAAAAUUUGUCACACCUGCUGUCAUGGCUGUGACUGCGUUUGAUUCUUUUGCCACAGUUGUUCCUGUUCGAGGUGCCUCUAUGUCUCCCACAUUAAAUCCUAAAACUGGUUCUCUGAUGGGAAAUGUUUUUGGUAUUUUUCUUGCUGAAGGAGUUCAUAAUAAAAUAUUACUUUUACAAUUGCAGAUUUUGUUGCAAUUUUGCCUUUUGGACUAUAAAUUUUCAAAUGGCGAUGUGGUAGUCUUCCGCUCCCCAACGAAUCACAAGGAGACACACAUAAAAACAAUAGCUGCAUUACCUGGUGAAUGGUAUGGCACUCAUCAUAACAACGAUGUGAUUAAGAUCCCAUCAGGACAUUGUUGGGUUGAGGGAGACAACUCAGCCUCUAGCAUUGAUUCAAAGUCAUUUGGACCGAUUCCUUUGGCCCUAAUUCGGGGAAGGGUUACCCAUGUUGUGUGGCCUCCUCAAAGAAUAGGAAGUGUCAAGAGUACUCCACAACAAAGAUUAUCUUCUGUAUUGGAAUAAGGCUAUUUUCGUUUUUCUAUAAUCGGAUCCCACCUCUAUUGUUUAGUGUCCUCAAAUAAUAGGUCUGAAAAAACUACUCAGAAGAAUCUGACGUGGUUCCCUUGGAUGGGACAAUGAUUACUUAGCAAGGUACAAAUUAGAUGAAUAAUCUCUGAAGUGUUCUUCUAAGCAGAAAAAGGUGAAACACUUAUCAUUAUGGACAAUAGUCCAACUGUGAUUUCCGCACUCAUUUGAGAUAUGCAGAACUGCUGGUAGAUAUGUUAGUUAUUUUUAUUAUGAAAUCAUAACAAGUUUUGGUUUGGAAAAGUCAGUUUUAA